UACCAAACUUUCUACGUCUCUCUCAUUCUUCUAUCUCGUGUUCAUCUCCCUUCGCCGGCCGGAGGAAGAGGCGGAUCGCUGUAAAUUCCGGCGUCAGCCCGCCUUAAGCCGCCAAGAUCCCGGCGGAGGCACCCACUUCGGGGGAUCAUCUCGAAUUCAUACGAAGACAAGAUAGUACUUUUUUAUUCGGUAGCGGCUGGCGGGACGUGGCGUGGCGCUCUUGCUUGCGUUAGAGGGGAAAAGGAGAGGACGGAGGGGAGAUGGGUUGGCAUCGGAAGGGUUGGAUGCUCCCGCACGGCACGGAUGCCGAGGUGAUCCCUUAGGGGAUUCUCCUUGGCCACCGCCUCUUUGCCUUGUGCGGGGGGGUCGUUGCCUUUAAUUUCUGCUCCGCCCUAGCUCUCUUUGUGCCGGUCGGCGGUGGCUCUUGGUGAGCGAGAAGGUAAGGCGGGGUGAUCCGGUGAGGAACCUUCUUGUCAACCUCGUUUUGUCGGUUCUUUGAUGGAAUUCUGAUGUUCGUCUGCGAUCUGCUUGGAAUUGGUGAGGAUCUUGACUCGAGGGGUCAAUCCUUUAUCUGGAGAAUUUUAAGGAGAGGGCCCUCCAACCGAGGGCAUGGGGAAUAAGGUAGGGCCAUGUGAGGGACAUCCGGCCUUCUAAAUUUUGAACUUAGCUCGCGUCUUUUGGUUCGGAGCUGCAGGAUGCCAAUUAAAAACAUGGAUCAGAAGCGGCUAUCUCCAUUCAGCUUGUACUCUGAGACAUGAUAUUUCUUUUUCUCUGAGAAGCCGCACGUCGUGUUGCUGCUGAGAGGGAAUACAAGUAAUGUCCGGGGUUAAGUCUGUUUCUUCUUCUCCAUUUGAUGAGCUUCAUAAGACUGGAGCAAGCUCCACACAGUGGUUAGGACUUCCGCAGCCUUGCAUUCUCAUGGACCAGAAGUCUGAAUCUAGUCUUGAGCAUUGUCUGGUCGGGCCACAAAGGAUGACCAGCAUAUCUACCAUGGCCAGAGUUGCUGACCAUGUUUCUAGAUCCCAAUCUGAUCGGUUGGUUGUACCUCCUUUGUUUAGCAAGGGAAACUUAAUGGAUCAUAGUGAACCACACCAUGAGAAUGGACUUUUCUCAAGCUCUUUGUCAGAUAUAUUCGUCAGAAAAUUGAGAUUGUCUUCAAGCAUUGUUCCCUUGGAUCAGUCUAUUAAUUCAGUUAACUCGAACUCUGGUGAAGAUGAGCCUUUUGAAUCCAUGGAGGAAAUUGAAGCUCAAACUAUUGGGAAUCUCCUUCCUGAUGAUGAUGAUGACUUGGUGUCUGGUGUGAUUGACAAUAUUGGAUAUAUUGGUCGACCCAGCAAUGGGAAUGAAAUUGAUGAUGACAUAUUUUACAGUGGUGGUGGUAUGGAACUUGAAUCUGAUGAUAAUAUCAAUGGCAACAGAACAUCUGAAUCUGUUUGGGGAGGGACAUCUAAUGGUCAACAAGAAGAACCAAAUGGCCCAUUUGCUGGUGAACACCCAUACGGUGAACAUCCUUCUAGAACACUUUUUGUUAGAAAUAUCAACAGCAAUGUUGAGGAUGGAGAACUGCGGGCUUUGUUUGAGCAAUAUGGGGACAUCCGCAUGCUCUACACCACUUGUAAACAUCGUGGUUUUGUUAUGAUAUCUUACUAUGACAUAAGGGCAGCACGAAAUGCAAUGCGAGCACUUCAAAACAAGCCAUUGAGGCGUCGGAAACUGGAUAUUCACUUCUCUAUUCCAAAGGACAAUCCUUCGGAUAAGGAUAUGAAUCAGGGUACUCUUGUGGUAUUCAACCUUGAUUCCUCUGUUACAAGAGAUGAUCUCCGUCAGAUAUUUGGUAUCUAUGGUGAGAUCAAGGAGAUACGUGAAACUCCACACAAACAUCAUCACAAAUUCAUCGAAUUUUAUGAUGUUAGAGCCGCUGAAGCUGCUCUUCGUGCCCUAAAUAGGAGUGAUAUUGCUGGCAAGAAAAUUAAGCUUGAGCCUAGCCGUGCUGGAGGUGCAAGACGGUGCAGCUUGAUGCAACAGUUAUCUCCGGAAUUGGUGCAGGAAGAAUUAACUGGACGCUGGCAGGGAAGCCCUAAGAACUCUCUCCCUGGGUGCUUUGGUUUAUCCUCUCUGGGAACAAUAAUACCCAACAGUCUUGAAAAUGGAGCUAUCCAGGGUUUAAACUCGGCGGUUCGGGCACCAUUUACCCCACUUAUGGGGGCCACAUUCCAUGGAAUCUCAUCUAGUGUGCCACAGAAUUUAUCUCCCCCUGUAAAGAUUACAUCUAUCAGUGAUCAUACCAAUCAAGCCACUCAUGCUGAUGUCAACCAUUCAAUGGGCCAGAUAAAUUUUGGAUUUCAAGGCAUUGCUGGUUUCCAUCCUCACUCCGUUUCAGAAUAUCACAAUGGAGUAACUAAUUUUUUUCCUUCCAACUCAAAUACUAUGUCACCCGUGGGUAUUGGUGUCAUCUCUAGACCAUCUGAAGGAAUUGAUAAAAGGCAACUACACAAAUUAGGCUCUGGUAGCUUUGAGGGGCAUUCUUUUGAUCCUAAUGAAGCUUUUGGUGUCUCCUCAAAUGGAAGCUGUCCUCUUCACGGGCAUCAGCAUGUUUGGAAUGAUACAAAUGCAUACCACCAAAAAACCCCUAGCACAAUGUUAUGGUCAAAUUCUCCAUUUAUAAGCAAUAUUCCUUCUCAUCACCCAUCUCAGAUUCAUGGAAUUCCUAGAGCACAUUCUCAUACGCUAAACACAGUUCUUCCAUUACACCAUCAUAUUGGUUCAGCACCUUUAGUCGAUCCAUCACUUUGGAAUAGUAGGCCUGCCUAUUCUGGGGAUUCCAUUAAACCUCCUGCUUUUCAUCCUGCAUCUCUUGGAAGUAUGGGGCUUUCUACAAUUUCUCAGUUGAAAUCACUAGAACUUGCUUCUUGUAACAUCUUUUCUCACUCUGGUGGGAACUGUCUGGACCCUUGUAUUUCUCCCGCACAUGUUGGAAUUGCCUCACCGCAGCAAAGGGGUCAGAUGUUCCAUGGAAGGAAUCCAGUUGUCCACAUGCCUGCUUCAUUUGAUGGUCCUGACCGGAUCAAGAACCGACGAAAUGACACAAAUACUAAUCAGUGUGAUAAUAAAAAGCAGUAUGAACUUGACAUUGAAUGCAUUAUAUGCGGUGAAGACUCUCGAACAACACUAAUGAUAAAAAACAUCCCCAACAAGUAUACAUCUAAGAUGCUGUUGGCUGCUAUUGAUGAAAACCAUCGAGGAACUUAUGACUUUAUUUAUUUACCAAUUGAUUUCAAGAACAAAUGCAAUGUUGGUUAUGCGUUUAUAAACAUGAUCAAUCCUCAGCAUAUUAUUCGGUUCUAUCAGUCAUUUAAUGGUAAGAAGUGGGAGAAGUUUAACAGCGAAAAGGUGGCAUCACUUGCAUAUGCCAGAAUACAAGGGAAAAUGGCUCUCAUUGCUCAUUUCCAGAACUCAAGUCUGAUGAAUGAAGAUAAGCGUUGUCGUCCUAUCCUCUUCCAUACAGAUGGUCCUAAUGCUGGGGAUCAGGAGCCCUUCCCUGUGGGCACCAGUAUCAGGUCAAGGUCGGGCAGCUCGAGGACUGUCAGUGGUGGCGAAGAGAACCAUCAGGGAUGUCUGUCCACCUCCACAAAUGGAGAAGCUUCUUGCGUUGCGAGUGCUGCUCCAGGAUCUACAAAGGAUUCAGAGUGACCCA